AUGGCGGGGCGCGGGCGGAGAGGGUGGCGGGAGCGCGAUGGAGUCGCGGGCGUUCCCCGUUCCGCCCCGUCGCCGUUCUCCCGUGGCUUCAUCCGCUUUAAGGCCACCUCCUGCGUCCCCCCCCCCUAUGACAUCACUGUGAAGUCCGGAGACCCUAAUUCCUCACCCAACGCCCUCCCGAUCCCCCCCGUGCCCUUCCCCAUAGACUCGGCCCGUGGGGGUCGUUCACAGGCCCCGGAGUGCGUCCGGCGCCAGAAGCGCCGGGAAUUGGACGCCAGGCGCAGCAAGUGCCGCAUCCGCAUCGGGGGGCACCUGGAGCGCUGGUGCCGCCUCAAAGAGCAGCUCGGAUUCGCCCUGCACUCCCAGUUGGCCCAGUUCCUCCUUGACAGGUACAGCUCUCAUGGCUGCACCUGGAGCCCGGGAGAGCUGGAGCGGCUCCAGCCAGCUGCACUGCAGCGCCUGGUUGUGCUGUCCCACGGCCAUGGCCAGGAGUGUGGCUUUGUGCCGGACAUCCAGCUGCCAGCACCAGGCAGCACAGCCCCGCUGGUUUGGGAGUGCGUGGCCGGGCACCGCUUCUCGUGGGGUGGCUCUGGGGGUCCCAACAGCCCCUCCUGUGACCCCCCAAAAGCGGCUCAGGGAUGCAGCCCCUCCCUGGGCGCUGGGCGCCGGCAUUUGCUCCGUAGGGCCACGCUGCCCUCCGACGAGGCCGGAGUGGAGGGAAUGGCCAGGUCACCCCAUGGUGAUGGGGAUCAGGGCGAGGAGCUGGGAGAUGGUGGUGACAGUGGUGGCACAGCCCCCCAGGUGACACUGGAACCGGGGCCUGUGGCAGCAGCUGGCAAGAGCACCAUCCUGGGGGAUGAUGUAGUGCCAGGAGCUGAGCCCCAAGAGGAAGAGGAGGACGAGGACUUUGCCGAGGGUGAUGACCUGGCCUACACCGAUGACUUGCGUGAUGAGAACUACCACCCAUCCCUGGACAGCAACUCAAAGCCACAGCGACGCCAGAGCCAACCCAAGGCCCGCAAGAAACCAAUCAAGGAGGAGCAGCCCCUGCUCGAGCCACCCUUGCCCAGCUCUGGCCCCUUGGAGGAGAAGAGCGGACAUGUCAGUUGCCAGCGGCAGCGACGGGCAAGUGACAAGGACAUGGCUCAGAUCGGCCCCAAGAGGAUCAGGAAGGCAGCAAAGCGUGAGAUCCUCCUGUGUGACUUUGAAGGCUGUGGCAAAAUCUUCUCCAACCGCCAGUACCUGAAUCACCACCAGAAGUACCAACAUGUGCACCAGAAAACCUUCACCUGCUCUGAGCCCACCUGUGGGAAGUCCUUCAACUUCAAGAAGCACCUGAAGGAACACGAGAAGCUGCACAGUGACAAGCGGGAUUACAUCUGUGAGUUCUGUGCGCGCUCCUUCCGCACCAGCAGCAAUUUGAUCAUCCACCGACGGAUCCACACUGGGGAGAAGCCACUCCAGUAAAACCACGCUGCCAACACCUGCAGCGAGUGCGGAAAGAUCUUCAGCCACAAAUCGGCCCUGGUGAAGCACCGGAAAAUCCACAGCGGCGACCGCCCGCACGUGUGUCCCGACUGCGGGAAGGGCUUCAUCCAGCGCUCCGACCUCACCAUCCACCGCCGUGUGCACACGGGCGAGCGGCCCUACAGCUGCCCCGAGUGCGGGCGCCGCUUCAGCGUCAGCUCCUCGCUGCUCACCCACCGGCGCACGCACAGCCCCGGCGCCGCCCGGCCCGACCGCUGCCCGCAGUGCGGCCGCAGCUUCGCCGACGCCGCGGCGCUGGCCCGCCACCAGAAGAGCCACCUGGGCGGGAAGCCCUUCGAGUGCGGCGUGUGCGGGAAGGCCUUUGCCUGGAGCUCCCACCUGGAGCGGCACCGCCGCGUCCACACCGGCGAGAAGCCCUUCCAGUGCAGCGAGUGCGGGCGAGCCUUCGCCUGGAGCUCCCACCUCGACCGCCACAUGCGCACCCACGCGGCGGCCAAACCCUUCCCGUGCGCGGCGUGCGGGAAGAGCUUCGGCUGGGUGUCACACCUGGAGCGGCACCGCCGCGUGCACACCGGGGAGAAGCCGUUCCGCUGCGGGGAGUGCGGGCGCGGCUUCGCCGUCAGCUCCCACCUGGAGCGGCACCGCAGAGUGCACACGGGUGAGCGGCCCUUCCGCUGUGGCGACUGCGGCAAGAGCUUCGCCGUCAGCUCCACGCUGCGGGCGCACCUGCGCACCCACGGCGCCCAGCCCGGCCGACCCCACGCCUGCCCCGAGUGUGGGAAGGGCUUCAGCUCCCUGACCGGGCUGGAGCGGCACCGGCGGCUGCACCGCGGCGAGAAGCCGUACCAGUGUGGGCUCUGCGGGAAGGGCUUCUCCUGGAGCUCCCACUACGACCGGCACCGGCUCACGCACACUGGGGAGAAGCCCUUCUCCUGCGCCCACUGCGGGAAGCGCUUCAGCCGCAGCUCCCACCGCAACCGGCACCAACGCGCCCACGCCCAGCGCGGCCCCGAGAAGCGCCACGAGUGCCCCGACUGCGGCAAAGCCUUCGGCCUCGGCGCGGCCCUGGCGGCCCAUCGGCGUCUGCACGGUGCCGGCGCUCGCAGCCCCCUGUCCCUGCUGCCUCCCGCGUGGUGGCAGGAUGAACAACGAGGGGGGACUAGCACACCCCCUGAGCUCUGGCCUGAGGAGCCCAGCUCUGCUUUGCAGAAGCAUCCCACGCCUUCCUCCUCUGCAGUGCCCAGGGGCUGGGUGGCUAAAGCUCUCCUGCCCCUCACUGGGGCAUGGAGGCCCGGGGAGGGGGACAACACGCAAAGCAAUGCCACAGCCCCACCGGAGCCCUGGGUGUCCCUUCCUUCUCCCAGCUCCUGA